GUCCCACGGUCACCAACGAUCGCUCCGCACCCAUUAUCCGAUGAAGUGGUGCUGCAGGGAAGAGGAAGGCAUAGGAGUGACGGGCUGCAACCCCUACUGGGCAGUGACCUCAUGCUACCGCUCACGGAGUGACCUCUCUCUAUCCCUCCCUUCCCUCUGGGACAUGGGGAUCUGUCUCAUAGCUGUCUGUAAUGCUGUAGCCAGCAGCAGGCCCCCUUUGGAUUGCCCUCCACCCCUGUGUGAUGUUAUUGUGCUUGAGUGGGAGAAGCCUGGUGAUGGUGGCCUGGGGGAUGGGGGGGGGGAAUUCUGACGGUCUGGGAGAAGGACACUCACCAGAUUUUGCUGCUGGAGAAAUGAACCCCAGAGGGAGGUGGCUGCCACAAAGCUGCCAGUGAUGUGGCUUGGCUGAAGGGCUCUUGGCUCCUUUGGCAGCCAUGUUUGUCUCAGCCCCUCCUCACCACCAGCUGACCCCUUCCCUGGCCAGUCAGCUCCUGGGCACAGGGAAGGAGGCGAUGGAGCCCAGUGUCGCUGUCCUGCUCUUCCACCAGAUGUCCUGUGGAGAAAGCAUUUUGAAAUAAAACAGAGGAUGCUGCUUCCAUAGCUGUUCCAGCAGCCAGGCCUUUGCCGUGCUCAGAGGGCAUGGAGUGGAGGAGAUGGCUCCCCUAACAGCCAGGGCAUGGGUGGUUGCUUGACCCUCUGCCAGGCCCCACCAGCCAGCCCUGGCUCUGCUGUCACUGGGGGGCAGCACAACCCUGCUUCCUGGCCCCCACCAGGCUGCCAUGCAUUGGUAGGCCUCACAGGGCCUGGUGGGCCACAGGCUGGAGGAUAAGGCCCAGCGGCCAUCUUCUCAUCCACUGCCAGGCCCCACCAUCCCAGCCCUGCUACCAGGCUGCCCUCCCUCCCAGGAAGGGAGCACAAGCAGCAGCCCAGGCCUGAGCCGAUUAGCCUUAUUAAUAGAAAUUAAACCCUGGCUGUGAGCGCUGCCAAGACCUGCGGGCCCUGCAUGUGCCUCCUUCCCCACUGAUGGGGCACAGGGACUAAGAAGCUUGGGAGGAUUAACGUGUGGGCCCCAAAACCCUGGCCCCAGAGCCUGCAGGGGAAUGGGCUCCCCUGCAUGUGACUGGGAACCAUGGUGGCAAUCGAAUGGCAGCCAUGCAGGGGUUUUGUACUGGGGGAGCUGCUGAGUGUGGGAUGGAUGUCCCAGCAGCUCUUCCAGCCAUGGAGGAUGGCAAUCCCUCGGCUGCUCCACCUCGUCUUCACUCUCUGCUGGGCAUGUGCCCCUUGGCUUUGCCCCAGCCCAGGAGCAUGGAGGAGGCAGUGGGCACAUGGGGAGACUGCAUGAAGCAGCCCCAUCCCCUGUUUUGCUCCUCACUGAAACAUGGAUCUCUGCUAUGUUCUCCCCCUGCACCCAGUCUCCUGCUCAGCCCAUCACAGUACUCCUCUUCUUCCUCCUUUGCCCCCUCCCAACCUGCCCAGUUCUGCUGGGAGAGCAGUGAGGAGCCCCACGGCAGGCCAUGGGAUUACUGUGGGAUUCGGGCUGCGGCACACAGCCUCCUCCUCCCUAUUGGCUGGAAAAGCCUCUUAAAAGUGGAGAAGUGCAUUCUGCGCGCUCAGCACCUGCCAGUCUUCGUCAACCUGAAGCCAUAAUCAGACACUGACCCACAUCCACACUGCCUGCAUCCACCCAGAGGAGGCAAGGAGGUCCCCUGAGUGGGGCAUCCCCUCUACGGGUGGUUUUGCAGAGGGUGGCAUUGGAGCUGGAUGAAAGCAGGCUGAAAGGGGGAUUAGCUCUGCAGUGAGGACGUGGCUGCCCCUGAAGAAAGUAGCAGGGCACAAGAGACUCCUGCAGCUGUCACCCUGUGCCCUGCUGACAGCAUGCCCACCAUGGAGCAAAGAACCUGCGGGGCCAUCUGACCGGGCACACUCAUCCAGAGCCAGGGAGUACCAACUGGACUGAUCUGCUCGGUCUCUGGGGCCUUUGGCGCUCAUCGCUUCAUUGCACAGGUCAGUGAUGCAGGGGGUGCUCACAUCUGAGCCAACAUGACAGCUUCUGCAGGCCUGUACUCGUUUCUUUCUUUAGUGAAAGCUUUCCCAUGGUGGUUUCUGUAGGCUAGUGGCACAAACUGUGGUCUUUCCAUUUAUUAAACCCUUCCCAACGUAUCCAUACUCAAUUGAGGAACCAAGAGACAUCCUCAUAUUUUUGUGGACACUCCUGGGUGCUUGUAGUGGUGUAGCUUUCCUGGUACAGUGGGGUUUUUCUGCAGUGGCCUUCACCUGGCCAGGGUUGGUAACUUCUGGUGCUGGUGCAAGUCUCCUGACUAGGAGGUAGACCUCUCCAGCUGCAGCUAGACCUGUGGCAGUGCUCACUAUGGGCCCACCUGCAUGCGAUGCCGAGGGCAAGUGCUUCUGCCUGUGCUGAUGAGCUUUAACAUGGGGUAUUUUUACCCAUGAAUAAAGCUCCUUAACUGUGGAGAAAAUAAUAGCAAGCUGUAGUGUAUACAGAGGCAGGUACAGGGUACAUGGUGUGACCACUGUGUGCAGCGGUGAGCAGAGGAGCCCGCGUGCGCACCGGGGCGUUAUGAUUGAGGCGGCUCUGAACCGCCUGCUCAGAGCUGGGAUAAAGCUCCAGCAGAGCUGUGCUGCAGCACGUUGGCUUGGAGGGAGCUCCACGUGUGAGCUGCUCAGCUGCACCUCAUCUUUGUCAGCCAGCAUCGAGCUGCAGCCAGAAUCUGCAGAUCUCUUGAUAUCUCCCUGUGUCACCCUACCUCCUCCCGGUCUGCCUUUCCCCACCCAGGCUAGACGAUGGGGAGAGCUGACCCAGAGGAAGGGCAGCUCCCAGCUCCCGUGAAGCCCCCAGAUGGCGGCUGGGGCUGGAUCGUGCUUUUUGGCUGCUUUGUGAUCACUGGCUUCUCCUAUGCCUUCCCAAAAGCUGUCAGUGUCUACUUCAAGGAGCUCAUGAAAGAUUUCCACGUGGGUUACAGUGACACGGCCUGGAUCUCCUCUAUCAUGCUAGCCAUGCUCUAUGGAACAGGACCAGUAUGCAGCAUCAUGGUGAACCAGUUUGGCUGCCGGCCUGUGAUGCUCAUUGGAGGGCUGCUAGCUUCUUCUGGAAUGAUUCUGGCAUCUUUUACCACCAACAUCAUUGAGCUUUAUUUGACAGCUGGUGUGCUGACAGGUCUGGGUAUGGCGUUGAACUUCCAGCCCUCUCUUAUCAUGCUGGGCACCUACUUCGACAAACGUCGGCCUCUUGCCAAUGGACUGGCUGCUGCUGGGAGCCCUGUCUUCCUUUCCUCCCUCUCUCCACUGGGACAAGUGCUGCUGGAGAAGUUUGGUUGGCGAGGAGGGUUCCUCAUCAUGGGGGGCCUUCUGCUCAACUGCUGCACUUGUGGGGCAGUCAUGAGACCCCUGGAUGCGGGCAUGAAGCGGAAAACGGAGAAGGCUCAGGACAAAUAUGAAGCCAAGGAGAUGCUGCCCAUGGGAGGCAAGUCAGAGGAGGGCAUCAGCACCACUGAUGGAACCAAGAAAACCAAGAAAGCCAAAAAGAAGCCCAAGAAAGGAAAGAAGCUGUUGGAUUUUAGCAUCUUUUCCAACCGAGGCUUCAUCAUUUACACUAUCUCAAAGUUCAUCUUGGUCUUGGGUCUCUUCGUGCCCCCCAUCUUGCUGGUCAACUAUGCCAAGGACACAGGAGUACCGGACACAGAGGCUGCAUUCUUGCUCUCCAUCAUUGGUUUCAUUGACAUCUUUGCCCGACCAGCGUGUGGCAUGGUGGCAGGCUUGAAGUGGGUCCGCCCUCAUGUGGCAUACCUGUUCAGCUUUGCUAUGCUCUUCAACGGCUUGACAGACAUCUGCAGUGCCAGGGCUAGCAAUUACACAGGGCUGGUCAUCUUCUGUGUCUUUUUUGGCAUUUCUUACGGCAUGGUAGGGGCUCUGCAGUUUGAGGUGCUGAUGGCCAUCGUUGGCUCCCAGAAGUUCUCCAGUGCCAUCGGGCUGGUCCUACUUAUCGAGGCUUUUGCUGUGCUCAUUGGUCCACCCUCUGCAGGCCGCUUGGUUGACGCUCUCAAGAACUACGAGGUGAUCUUCUACUUGGCGGGCUCAGAGGUGGUGCUCUCAGCUCUCUUCCUGGCCAUGGCCACCUACUGCUGCCUGAACCGAGGGAAGAAGACGCCUCCCCCAGAGAAGAACCCUUCAGCGGGUGGUGGGAGCGACACUGAAGAAGCUGAGUCUGAUGUGCAGGAAGCUGAGGAGCACAGCAGUGAUAACCACCAGCCAGCCCAUGGCACUGACAAGGCCACGGUGGCAGCCAACGAGGAGGCCAACCAUGUGGAGGAUGAGCAGAGCGGGGAGGGAGGCAGGUGUCCUGAGGCGGAUGGGGAGGUGUCUUCACGAGCCGGCUGCAAUGCCGACCAGACAGUGGAGAGGGACAGUUUUUAGGCAGGGAAGAGGAAUGGGGAUGUAAAUAACUGGCCUGGUUUGUGUGUAACUCGGCGUGGGAGUGUAGAUGGGAUGUGGAUUGGAAAAAAGUAAGACAAAAGCAAAUGUAAGAGAUAAAAGGGCAAAAGUCUAAGAAUAGCUGGUCCGCAUGUACAUAUGUCCACAUACCUACACAGAGAUAUGUCUACUUGCGUCCUGCACCCAUGCUGGUACAACACAGGCUCAGUGCAGCCCAACCACCAGAAUCUUCUUCUCCCUACCUCCAAACCAGCCCUGGAAAAUAUAUUUUGAGGAGGCUGCGAAGGACUCUCCUUUUCUUUCUGCAUUGUCACAAUACAGAACACAAUUAGAGACUCUUUGUAAUCA